CAAUCGUAACAUCCGAACUGGUGUCUCCAAAUCGUUGCAGGCGCUUGCAGCGAGUUCUGGUUCUGAGGUAAUAUCAGGCAAAGUCGGUGAUGACGGGCGGUGCAACAGACGCUGCAACCAAGUCCGGGCAAGGAUGACUUUGAGUCGAAAGUGAGAGGAAUGGGAGCUGCGAUUGAAAGGACAAGGUCGGCUUGGAGGGUGGAGGAAGCUUUGGGACGGGCCACAGCUGUGUGCAAACAAACUGCAGACGUUUGUUCGCUUCCUGGUCAGGUCACCCACUACUGCAAUGCAGACCGAUUAGCUGCGUUGAAUGCCGGAUAAGAGAGAAGAGGCGGGGGGGAGGAUGCGCAAGAAGAAAAAAGAAAAUAAAAGAGAAGAAGAACGAGGAAGACAGGAGAGGAGGGUUAUGCGGACGAGAGAGAAGAUGUAGAGACUGAAAGCCGUGGUUGGCAAUGUCUCUCUCUUUUUUUCUCUUUUUUCUUUUUUCUUUUUUUUUUCCCUUGACCUUCUCUCUCUCUCUCUCUCUCUCUCUCUCUCUCUGUCGGCUGACUGCAUCUCGGAAACUGAACCACAAGGGAAGAGAAGGAAAAAAUGAGGAGGUCGGUGGAGUCGUGAAGACAAGAGGAAGAGAAGCAAAAAGACUGUCGCCAGGCCAGGCUGGGGACGGUUUUGUUUUUGGCGGUUGAGGGGAGCAGACCAACGGGGCCUGGGACGGGCCAGGGAAUAGCGGUAGAGUCAAGGUUCAGAGUGGACAAGCACAAGCUCAGGGUGGGGAACUGAGCGCUGCCAGUUGGUUACAGUGGAGGGGGACGGUAGGGUACUUUUCACUGUCCAGCGGCGACUUGUACUUGGACAGUGCUGGGCACAG